ACUCAAUCGUUCAACAGUCGGUCUUCAAAGGCAUGUAAGGCAUGAUUCCCACAUGCUCUUUGUUUCACAAAACCGAAUUCUGUGCGGAGCCUAAUCUUCCUGAUCGAAUCAAACCCGAGAUAAUAAACUUUGUAAGAUCUUCCAAGAUGCAAAAUAUUCAGCCGAUGCAUCAUCUUGUGUCCUGGCUCUUGUCAAGGAGAAUCUAUAUACAAGUAGUCCUCUUUGCAAUGGGUCAGAUCUACCAGUCCCAAGGGCUGGUUGUACUGCCGGAAAAUGUUACGGUUCCGGCGGUUUUCAUGUUUGGGGAUUCAAUAGUCGACACUGGCAACAACAACCAUCUCAAAACAGUGGUGCGGAGCAAUUUCCCGCCCUAUGGGCGAGAUUUCAUGGGAGGAAGGGCCACCGGGCGAUUCAGCGAUGGCAAGAUUCCGGCCGACCUCUUGGUGGAAGAAUUUGGAAUCAAAGAAGUACUACCGGCAUUCUUGGAUCCUUCUCUGACUCCUGAAGAACUCCCGACGGGCGUCAACUUUGCAUCGAGCGGUGCUGGUUUUGAUCCGCUAACAUCUAAGCUUUUCUCAGUUAUAUCAAUGUCGGAGCAAUUACGACUCUUCAGCGAGUACAAAGGACAGCUGAAAAACCUGGUCGGAGUGACAAGAGCGGAUGAGAUUGUCGCCAACAGCAUGUACCUGGUGGCAUCGGGGAGCAACGAUCUCGCGGAACUGUAUUUUCACACGCCUCUGCAGAUACCAAAAUACGAUAUUCAUUCUUAUACCGAUCUUCUCAUAACCUCAGCUUCAGCCUUCUUUCAGGGAUUAUACAAACUGGGAGCCCGGAGGAUAGCGGCCUUGGGCUUGGAGCCUCUGGGGUGCUUGCCAUCACAAAGAACACUCAGCGGAGGACCGAAUAGAGUGUGCGUAGAGCAUUUCAAUGAUGCCGCAAAGAUGUUCAAUUCAAAGCUCCUCUCGACCAUGCAAGUCCUAAGGACGACUCUUCCUCAGGUGCGGUUUGCCUAUGCCGACGGUUACGGUGCUCUGAUGGAUAUCAUCCGAGCUCCACAUGAAUACGGAUUCGAUAUAGUGGACAGAGGGUGCUGCGGGACGGGAUUGGUUGAAGUUGCCUUCAUGUGCAACCGAUGGAUCCCCGGGACAUGUUCGAACGUCUCGCGGUACCUGUUCUGGGACAGUUACCAUCCCACAGAGAGAGCAUACCGGAUUAUUUUCCAAAAAUUGAUUGGGAAACUUGUCCAAGACAUGUUCCAACAGUAGCAACCUGAGUCAAAUAUUGCCACAUAAAUUUUCCAUCAACAUCAGCUUCGUACCAAUUGCUGUUUUUUGGAUAAUUAAGAUGCCAAUUACUAUUUUUUUUUGGUUUAAUUAUCAAUUGCUGUUUCAAAGUACUGAUGGCUCAGUCGUAAUCCAGUGAGAAAAAUAUGCCUGCCCUGGCCUUCUACUAUGGAAAAUCAACUCUUCGUAUUGCGAGCUCGAUGGAAAGUGGUAAAAUU